AUGAUCUCUCCGUUAUUUCUUGAUUUUCCAAAUGAUAAAUAUCCCGUUAUUUUAACAAUUGAUACUUCCAAAGUAGGUAUUGGUGGUAUAUUGCAACAAAUCACCAAUGGUGAAAUAAAACAUUUAUACUAUCAUUCCCAAGUUACAUUCUCCACUCAACGAUGCUAUGAUCCGAUUGAAUUAGAAGCUUUAGCUAUCUGGUUAUAUUUUCAACGUAUCAGAUCUUAUCUACUUAAUCGUUCAAUUAUAAUUUAG